UCGUAUCAUCUAUCUCUUACAUUUGCUAUCAUCUUCAAAAAAUCUGAACAACAACAAUGGCGGUACUCGUUACUCUGUCUCUCCCGGCAGCUGGCGCCGGAAACCGAUUCUACGAUGACCUCCAGAAACUGGGUCGUCUUCAACCUCAAACUAGCCCCGCCACGAUUUCUUCUCAUAAAUGGUUGCCCUGCAAAUGCUUUUGGCAACUGCCCAGAAGCAAAAGGACGACGAUGGAAUUGCUCAGAUUGCGGUGUUUGGCUCAGGGGAAAGAAGCUGAAGAUAGUUUCAUUCCGAAUGUGAGUGAAGAUACAGACGAUAUGUUUGAUGACUUGUUUGAUAAAUAUGGAAAGGUGGUAUAUAGUAGAAAGGACAAGAAGCCUCCUAGUGCAGAGCUUGAUGACGAUGCUGAGAGCUUAUCAUUUGCUGUAGAAUUGGCCAAAGUUGCAAAUGAGGUAAAGGCCGGAGAUAUAAAGGUGCUUUUUGUUAAGCCUCUUGUAUACUGGACUCGGUUUUUUAUUAUUGCCACAGCUUUUUCUCGUCCACAAAUUGAUGCAAUUAGGUCCAAGAUGAGAGAUCUGGCAGAGAAAAAGUAUGGAAAAAUUCCAAACGGAGACGCUAAACCCAAUUCAUGGACCCUGUUGGACUUUGGUGAUGUUGUUAUCCAUAUAUUUCUUCCGCCACAGCGAGCUUUCUACAACUUGGAAGAAUUCUAUGGUAACGCUACACCCGUUGAACUACCUUUCGAAAACCAGCCACCAAUGCGAGGCUAAGAAAGACUAUUUUCUCAACAAAUGGAAUUGAGUGCCGAUGCAUUCAUUGGAUGGCUUAUGCAGCUACCUCAACCUCUGCCGGUUUUGGAGCUUGAUCUACUGACUUCCUUGCAGACUGACAGUGUUACUGAAACGAAUUUCUGGGCCCAGCAUGGUUGUUUGGGAUGACACCAUCAGCGUAGUAGGCAUGGUGCAACUGUGCAAGCAUUAUUGCAACUCUACAUUUUAGUUGGUGUUUUAAGACUUCACUAGUCAUCAGGUCAUCAACAAGUUUAGAGGCUUGUAUAUGUAAUAUCCAUGAGCUGUUAUGCUAAGAAUCUUGAAAUACUAUUUAGUGUAGCUUACUAUUUUUGUUUAUAUCUUGUGGAAUAUAAGUUGCAUAUUCAUCUGGUCUUGUAA